AUGUGGAGGGCCCCGUGUGGUGGAUACCUGAAAUUUCGAAGCAACCGGAAAGGGCGGAAACACUGUCCACCGCGGGGAAAAAAUGAGGGGCCAGCGGCACGGCCAGAGUGUCGUUGCCGGGCUGUUCUUUGGAUUGUGUUGGCUCAGUUGCAGGUGGGAUUCAGCAACGUUUUGACCGCACCGGGCAUGGGCAAAGCCGGAGCCGCCAAGGCUGAGCCUAAAAAGGAACCAGAGAAGGGCAAGGCUGACAAGGCGAAAGAUGCCAAGGGUGGCAAGACUGAGGCUAAGGAGCCUGCCAAAGAGCCUGCCAAGGAGGAUCCCAAAGCCAAACUGCUAGAGGAAGCGAAGCAGAAGUAUGCGGAUGAUGAGUGCGACUCCCAGAGGGAUGAGCUGGCCAGAUCUGAGCUGCGAAAGCAGAAUCGGGAAGCCAAGGCCAAAGGCCCUCAGCUCUCAGGGAAUCGUGACAAGAGCAUCGCUCGAGUCACACGCUUCCAAAAUAGGUUGAAGCUUUUUAAAGGUGAGGCUGAGAUGGAUGCGGUGAUGAAAGACGUGGAUUCUGUUGAUGCUUCCAAGUACGUCUCUGAACUCACAGACUGCAUCCUGGAAGCCGCCGGAAACACCUUGAAGCUCAAGGAACUCAACGCCGUCAGCAAGCUUUGUAGCAAGCUCAACGCCACAUACGAAGAGUUUGCAGCUUUGUUGGCAAAGGCCAUUGUGAAGGCAUUUCAGAACACCGCCGGAAGCGAGCUGAAUCGGAGGCGCUUUCUCUUCAGAAUGUGUGCAGAACUGUGUCUCACAGAAUGUGUUCCAGCAACGAAGCCACCCUUGCUGGAUAUGAUGAAAGAGCUAGCUGAUAUCUCCGUGCCUGAGGAGCAGUUGGUGACCAAUUUCACCAUCGUGUCCUCGCUGGUGCAGAAGCAUGCAGUGAGCUGUUUCAACAUCGUUCCCUCCAAGCAGCAAACCUACGCUGAAGCCCUCGGCAAGGAGUGGCCCGCGAGGCAAUGUGUGCUGGAUGAGGCUGUACGAAAUCAGCUUCAGCAGCUUGCUGUCAACGCGUACCAAUCGGCAUCAGCAGGGAUGUUGCGAAAUGCCCACAACCGAUUGGUGGAGCAGGAGAAGGCCAAUGCUGCUCUGCGGGUCGACAAGGGCCAGGUGGAUGCGGAAAACGAGCAAAAACACACGCAGUUCAAGGAAGCGUUGCAAAAGAUCGAGUCCACUCUGACCACCCUGUCGGAGUUCUUGAAUCAGCCAAUGCCGACGAUCGAAGAGGAGCAAGAUGUGUCCAGAAUCGGAGUGGCCGAAAAGCAAAAGGAAGAGAUCGUUGAAGAGGAGGAGGUCUUGAUCUUCGAGGACUCGGAGCAGCAGAAGUUCUACGAAGAUCUGGUGGAUCUCAAGGACAUCAUUCCUGCCGUUCUCCUCACUUCUGGCAAGAGCACUGUAGAUGCAAAUGCUGAUCCGGAGGCAAAGCCUGAACGCCCACCAGAGGAAAAGGAGAAGCCAAAGGAUGCUGCAGCUUCAGACUUUGAUUUGUACCUCAUGCGCGUCUCCAAAGCUGAAUCAGCCAAGCAGGUGGAUGAUAUUGUGGUGGAGUUCUUCCACGAUUUCAAUACCAAGGGCAAUCGCCAGAGACUGGCCUUUCACCUCUAUGGGGCCCAUAAGAUCAAGCAGCUGCACUUGCUGGCACCUUAUGCGCGCAUAGCGGCGAUGGUAGGGCCUUAUGUCAAAGAAGUGCCCAACUUGCUGAUGUCGUGGUUGCAGCAAGAGCUUGAGCAGGUCAUUGGCGACCCAAACCAAAGCCUCCUGGAACAAAAGGUGAAGGUGGUGAAGUACCUCUGUGAACUCUGCAAGUUCAAAAUCUGCCCUCCGGGCGUCAUUUUGGACAUCUUUAAGACCCUCUGCGAUGACUUCAACCAGCAGAAUGCGGAACUCUGCGCCAACCUGUUGCAGACCUGUGGGCGUUACCUGAUGUACAAACCAGAGACGGCCACCCGCACAGACAACCUCUUGGAACGAAUGCUGCGUCUUACGAAAGCGAAGUCUUUGCCCUUGAGGUUGGAGAUCAUGCUGGAAGAUGCCUUCUAUCAGGUCAAGCCGCCGGAGGGGAAGCGAAAGCAGAAGAAAAGCAAGGAACCCCCGGAGCUCUUUGUGGAACACUUGGUCUUUGACCGUUUGUACAAGGAGGAAGACGAGGAUCUCUUUUUGAAGCUGGUGCGAAAACUGCCCUGGGAGGGUCCCGCAUCUGGCUGGCUGAAGAAGUGCUUAUUGGACUUGAAUCACCAUGCCAACUACGAGAACUUGUCAUGCGUGGCUUCGCUCUUGAGUGGCCUGGCCAAGUACCGCGAUGCUUUUGUCAUCGACGUCAUUGACUCUUUGCUGGAAAACAUUCAGGUGACCUUGGAACGAAACGACUUCCGAGAGAUGCCAUUGAGGGUGCGACAGGUGAAAUUGGUGGGUGAGCUCUACAACUAUCGCCUGGUGGAUUCUGUUUUGAUCUUUGACUCCCUCUACCAGUUCAUUGGCUUUGGAGGUCCUAGCUCCUAUCGUGCCAGUCAGUUCAUCACUGCUCACAAGUUGGUUGAGAGGGGCCUGGCUAUGCGCAAGGGUGGCCUUGGAAGCAUCACCGAGGAACAGGAGGAUGCAGAGGACGGUAGCCAACUACCAGAGCUUCUCGCGGACCCACAGCAUCCCAUCGAGGCACCUUGGGACUUCUUCCGAAUCAAGCUGGUUUGUGCGCUGCUUGAGACCUGCGGCCACUACUUUGACCGCGGAGCUUCCAAGCAGAAGCUUGACCGCUUCUUGACCUUCUUCAUCCGCUACGUUCACAGCAAGGGAGAGCUGCCACAGCGCUUCAUGAACAUGGUCUACGAUACCCUCGAGAGGCUGAGGCCCCGCCUCACCUAUCCCACGCUCAAGUCGGAUGCUUCCGAGGCAGUCUUGAAGCUGCUGGACAGGGAGAAAGAUGACCUGGACGUGGGAGGUGACAAGGCGGAUGAAAGAGAUGACGAUGACGAUGAGGCGGAAGACGAGAGCACGGAGGAAGACGACUCCGGCUCAGACGAGGAGUCCUCCGAAGAGGAAUCGGAAGAAGAAGACGCCAGUGAAUCAGAUGAUGAUGAAGAUGCGUACGAUCGCGGAGACGAAGUGCAGAAGCAUGCUGCGGAGGAUGAUUUCGAUAAGGAGGUGCAGCAGAUUCUCAUCGAGUCCCUCGAGAAGGAGAGGAAUGCUCCGCGGAUGACUUUGGCGGAACUUCCUCAACCGCUCCAAAUUGCCAAGAAAACCGAGCAGAUGGGGGACAUGGCCAUGGGUCAGUUCAACCUUUUGCAGAAGAAGACGGGUGGCAAGAUACAGAUGAAGCAAUUGAGCAUCCCCGAUGACUCCAAGCUACUUCAGGCCAGGAAAAUCGACGUGGAAGAAGCGUCCAAAGAAAAGGAGGACCUGAAGAGGUUUGUGAUGCAGUACGAAGAGACGGGAGCAGGCGAUUCUUCAGGAUCUGUCAUACCACUGGCUGAUCUGUGCCGUCGAAGUGCCUUGGCCUUUUGGGGGACCCAGUUGGAGGUCGGCCCCCGGCACCCUUGGCCAAGCACGAUGAUUCAGCGCUCGCUGGAGAGGAGACGGAGUCGACGCCAUCUCCAGCAGCCGAGUUGCCCAGUGAGCUCGCUGGUGCGGUGGCGAAAGCGGUGGAAGCGUCUCAGGAACCGCACCACCUUCUGGUACGCUUCCAAGUUGGAAAGGAUGAUCGGGUGGGCAAAAUUCGAGGCAGAGAGAAGUCUGGCAACCCUCAGCGUUCCAAAGUGCAAGAGCAAAGGCGUGCAAACGGAACCAGUUACACCAGAGACUGAGGUGCUACCUGAGACCUUCUUCGUCCCAGAUGGAGAGCCAUGGGAGCUGGCUCCCUCUACAGAAGGCAGCGAACACAUCUCCGAGAUCGACUUCCGGGCGGAUCCAGCUUUGGGACUUUCAGGAGUAGACGCCUUUGGCAUGGAGCCAAGCUUAAAAGGCAGGAAGCAGCCGCCCAGACUUUCUGAGGACCUCAUCAUGUCUGGGUUGCUCCCGGACCCCCGCGACGUCGCGCCCUCGGUGGCUUCGGUCACCUCCAGCCGCUCCUCGCCGUCGCUGACGCUGCAGCGGUUGAGCACCGCGGACAGCGAGAAGCGCCGGCGCAGCACGGCCGGCUCCACCUUGGAGACGCCGGAGAUGCGACUGGCGGAGAUCCAGGAAGAUCAAGGCCCUGGUGAUGGGAUUUUGAUGCUUCAUCUGGAGAUGGAGGUGGUGCGUCAAUUGGGUCUUGCAGGCCUGGUGCAGCAGGAGCUUUCAGAUGUCACUUCCCUGGCAGACGAAGCCGACGCGCGACGAUUUCUGCUGGAGCACCAGGGAGUUUGGCUCCGAAGGAGCGACGAAGUGCCGGUGGCGGCUUUCCGAGAUUUGAAGCUCUGGAAGAAGGACGUGGCAUAUCCCACUCCGCUGGAGGCCCUGCCCGGGCUGCGAGUCCCAGGUCCCGGCGCCCAGGUCCAAAUACCAGGGCACACGGCGCGCAUCGUCUGGGGUCCACCCGCAGAACUCCAGUGGAGUGAUGGUUCCAGCUGGAUCCAAGAUCAGCUGCAAGGACGUUGGAGCAGCAGCCUGCGGCAGUACACUCUGCUGAUCCGAGAUUGGAAGGUGUAUUGGGAUUCCAAAAUGAAAGCUUCCCCAACUUCUCUGAGUCGCGUUCCGAUUUUCCCACGCAGCGCUGUGACGAUGUUUCUUGACCGAGAGUGCAGUGGGGUGUAUGACCCCGGCCCACCAGCCAAGCUGGAAUGGUCCGACGGAGAGGUCUGGACCAGACUCAGCUUAGAAGAGAAGGAAGUCCGAAAAGGAAAAGGACAUCGAAAGGGAGGAUCCAGGUCACACGGAGACCACGAAUACUUGAAGGAAGAGUUGAUGCCCGAAGAAUCGAAACCGGACUCACUUGCCAUGACUGGUGGCAUCAUCGUCCGAUACAAAGGCAAGGGCAAAGGCAGCAAGAGUGGACCCAAUGUCAUGAGGCGGGGUACCCCAAGCGACCCACCCCGACAGGAAUUGUUCGGAAGCUCGGAGGACGACGAGGACGACGAGGACGACGAGGACGACGAGGACGACAAGGACGACAAGGAUGACAAGGAGGAGGAGGACGAGGAGGUGAAGCAGGGAACGUUCAGGGCUCAAGCUUUGGCUGACGAAGUGGCUUUAACGGUCUGGAAUGGGUCAGUUCCACCAGGUGCGGCUCCCAGGGGUGGUUGUUGCUGUGGAUCUGAACAAACGUCCCCUGAGAGCGGAGGGAAGUUCGAGAAAGGAGGUGACAACGACUUAUCCAAUGGACCUGUGGCAAAUCGUUACUGCACAGAUUUGUGGUGCUUGCCGUUCCUCUUGGUGGCAUGGUUGGCCUAUUUAGUGGUCACCUUCAUGGGCUUCGCGGACGGAAAUCCGGCCAAGCUCUACCUGCCGCGGGACUACAGUGGCGCCUACUGUGGGGUGGAGACCAAUUGGAACUCGGGUCCCAACACCUUGAACUUUCCAUACCUGUCCUUUACGAUGAACGCAACUGCGACCACUGAUUUGGUCGUUAAACAGCUCUUGUGCUCCACAGCGGGGGACAGUGUCAUCCAGACCUUGGGUUUGACAACGGCGUCAUAUGAUGCCUAUUUAUGCGCAUGUUGCAAAGUCCCAUGCGAUUCUUGCCGCAGCAGCUAUCAAUUCAGUGACGUUUCAAGCGUGACUGAUUUGCAGAGCACUGUGACAGGCAAGAUGCAGGAAAUACGUGGCGCCGUAAGUCCCUCGAGUUUAUUCAGUCCAUCGGGCAGCAACGGAGACUUCUUCACCACCAUGUGGAGCGAGGCCACCAAGUAUUUCAACUUAGUGUGUUUGCCUGAUUGCAACACCAACUUCGAUACAUCCAACAGUAGCACGAGCCCAAGAACCUGGACCUAUGAAAUGGCCGAAGACAACCCCUUGAAGACCUACUGGGAUUUGCUGAAGACCAGUGGAUCCUUGCAGACCACGAUCAACGAUCAAUUCACCUUCACGGCUCUGCCAUUGUCGCUUUGCCCUUAUUCGGAGAACAAGUGCAUCCCAAUGCCUGGUGUCGAAUUCUCCGCAGCAUCCUUAAAUUAUUGCAGCUUCAAGAUGUCCAGUGAUGUGAUCUCAGCGGUUGGCAGCUCCGCGGCUGAGACCUUUGAAAGCCUGGCGGUCCAAUCUUUCACCGAAAGCGAAUCCUUGGGCACGCUGCUGGGAGAGUUCGAGAAAUCCAUUGAUGCCUUCAUCAUCGUUGCAUUGCUGUGCUUCGUCAUCGGUGUCGCGGCUGAACUUUGUUUCUUUGUUUCUGGGAAGUGCCAGGCAGCAAAAUUUCUUUUCUGGACAUGCCAGGAAGCAAAAUCGUUUACUAAACAGUUUUUAAGGGACAUCCCAAAGCAAUAUAAAGCAAUAUAA